ACAGAGAUCAUGGUUUUGUCUAAGAUUCGUCACAGACACCUUGUUUCGCUAAUUGGGUAUUGUGAUGAAAGGUUUGAGAUGAUACUUGUUUAUGAGUUCAUGGAAAAGGGGACACUCAGAGACCAUUUGUACAAUACAAACUCGCCAAGCUUGACUUGGAAGCAGAGGCUUGAAAUUUGCAUUGGGGCUGCCAGAGGCCUUCAUUACCUUCACAAAGGAGCAGCAGGUGGAAUCAUUCACCGUGAUGUAAAGUCCACAAACAUAUUGCUUGAUGAGAAUCUUGUAGCUAAAGUCGCAGAUUUUGGCCUUUCGAGGUCAGGUCCUCUUGAUACUCAACCGUAUGUCAGCACUGGUGUUAAAGGCACUUUUGGGUAUCUUGAUCCUGAAUAUUUCAGGACGCAACAGCUGACCGAAAAAUCUGAUGUAUAUUCAUUUGGGGUAGUUCUUUUGGAAGUGUUGUGUGCAAGAGCAGUCAUUGACCCAUCACUUCCGAGAGAGCAGAUAAACUUGGCUGAGUGGGGAAUGCUUUGCAAAAACAAGGGUAUACUCCAAGAUAUUAUUGAUCCUUCCAUCAAGGACCAAAUAGAUCAAAACUCACUCAGGAAAUUUAGUGAGACAGUAGAAAAAU